CUUCUUCUUCUAAACCAUCUUUAUAUUUAGAAUUUCGAGACUUACUUUCAAUGCAUACUUAGUUUCAACUGGGGAAUCAACACAAGCAAAAGCCAUUUUUCCGUGUCUUGACAUCCAGUUUUCUAUUGGCUCCCCGCGGGUCAGCUGACUUUGUCAUUUUGUCUGUCCUGGAGUGGAGCCGUCCCUAUAACAAUCUAGUUCAGACUACAAACUGGAGACAGAAAUAAAUAUUAAAGAAAUCAUACAAGCCAGGUACAGGGGGGAAGAUAUGAAUUCCUAUUUCACAAACCCGUCGCUCUCUUGCCACCUCACCAGUGGUCAAGAGGUCCUGCCCAGCGUGCCGCUCAAUUCCACUGCCUAUGACCCUGUAAGGCAUUUUUCAACUUAUGGAGCAGCGGUCGCUCAAAACAGGAUCUAUUCAUCUCCUUUUUAUUCACCGCAAGAUAAUGUUGUGUUUAGCUCCAGUCGGGGACCAUAUGAUUACGGAUCGAAUGCAUUUUAUCAAGAAAAGGACAUGCUCUCUAGCUGCAGGCAAAAUUCUAUGGGACACAAUACACAAACUUCUAUUGCACAGGAUUUUACAAGUGACCAAAACAGGAGCACGUCCCAGGAACAGAAAGCUAGCAUUCAAAUAUACCCGUGGAUGCAGCGCAUGAACUCCCACAGUGUUUGUUUGGUUUCCGAAUCCCUAGGAGUCGGCUACGGAGCAGAUCGGCGGAGGGGGCGUCAGAUCUACUCGCGCUAUCAGACGCUGGAACUGGAGAAGGAGUUCCAUUUUAACCGCUACUUGACGCGGCGGCGGCGGAUUGAGAUUGCCAACGCGCUGUGCCUCACCGAACGCCAGAUCAAGAUCUGGUUCCAAAACCGGAGGAUGAAAUGGAAAAAAGAGAGUAAUCUGACUUCCACUCUACCCGGGGGAGGUGGGGCCGGAGAAGCCGCCGCCGAGAGCCUGGGUGCAAAGGAAGAGAAACGAGAAGAAGAGACACAGGAGGAAAAAGCGAAGGAAUGAACGAGACCGGCUCGGCCAAGCCAUUUUCUUCCCCUCCCCUCCGGUCUCACCCCACGAGCACAUUACAGAGAAAGGUCCCCUUCCUUUCCUCCCACUACCACGGCUCCCUCC